UGUUAUGCAUUAUUUAUAAUUUAAAAAACACUAAUUUUAUGCCUGAAUUAUUUUAAUUAUCAUGUUUGUGCAAAAACUAAUAUGAUUAUUUCCCCUAUAUUGUGGGUAAUGUUAAUUUCCCACAGGCCACUUGAAGUUAUUUAUAUUGUUAUUUCAGUCGUAGCAUGUGACUAAGUGAAAAAUCUGGUCGCAUGGUCUUUUUUCUAAAGAAAAUAAAACCAUCAUGAAAAAAUCAUCACAGUUAUUGAUCGGGGUCAGACAAAAUGUCAAAGAAGACAGCUCGGUCCGGAAAGUCGUCAUGUGAAAGAAAAUCUGCUUCCUCUGGAGUUGGCAGGUUGCCUAAAGAAAACUGGAGGGAAACAAGAACGGCUUCACAAUGUUUGUCACACCUUUGCCUCUCAGAAUACCUUUCCGACAUCAGCUUUACUUUCAAGGACAAUCACAAAAUAAAGCUUCCGGCUCAUAAAUUUCUACUGAGCAUGCGAAGUGAAGUGUUUGAAGCCAUGUUUUAUGGUUCACUUGCAGAAAAAGGAGAAACGGUGUUAAUUGAAGACAUAAAACCUGAAGUGAUGAAGACUAUGUUAAGGUUUGUUUAUACAGACAAUCCAGAGAUCAAUGGAGAAAAUGCUUUGCCCUGCUUGUAUGCAGCGAAAAAAUACAACUUGCCUGGCCUAAUAAACCAAUGUUCGAACUACCUUGAAAAAAAUUAUAUUGACAUUGAUAACGUGUGUUUGGUCCAUGAGCAGGCCGUUAUUUAUGAAAUGAAACCGCUACAAAAGAAAUGUUUUGCAUACAUCUUGGAUAAUGCGCCAAGUGUGUUUUCUUCGCCGGGGUUUUUAGAACUAUCUAAAGCAACAUUACUAGACAUUCUCAAGGAUGAUGAAUUAGCUGGUGAUGAAAUUGAAAUAUUUCAAGCAGCAAUUAGAUGGGCAAAGGACAAAAGUAAACAUAACAACAAGUCGAAAGAUGGACAAACUCUGCGCAAUCAACUUGGAGAAGCAUUGUUUCAGAUAAGGUUUCCGAUAAUACCAAUAGAGGAAUUUGCACAAAAUGUAACUUCGUCUGCAAUCCUAACAAAGGACGAGUUACUCAUGAUUUAUCAGUACAAUGCAACAAAAGAUUCAACAUCUUUGGGAAAAUUCUGUGCACGCGAACGUUCAGGAGCGCUGAUCACAAUAGCCCUUGGACAGUAUAUUCAGAAAAAGGGUAAGAUGAGUGGUUGUUAUAUGAAUAUACAAGAAUGUAACAAGUCUGUAUCAGCGAACCAGGCAGGCUCUGCACAAUGUAGUCCAAAGAAAAAGUCUGCAAGAAUAAAGUCUGUCACUGGAACUUUUGUCGGAUAUGUAAAGGCAAUCUCUAUUGAGGGAACAAAAAGAACUGAUUACGAAAUUGUAGGGAAAAAAAUUACUUUCGAAAAUCCCAUCGACGUAACCGGUUCAAUCAACAUACAGUUUCUUCUUGAGAACGAAAACGCUUACAGGCAAUCAAAUUAUGUUUCAAAUUAUUUAUACAAACAGGAAAAUAUUAAAGGACAAUUGAUCACAAUCAACAACAUUCCAGAUGGCUUAGAAAAUAUCACAUUUGUUUGCAAAUAACGUGUGUUAGUGUUUCUUAAUUGGAAACUAGAAUUGUUCAUUGUACGAAAGGCAUAACUCAAAAAUUAUGAUAAAAAUACAUAUCUGAUAAGAAGAUCUCAAGCACUAAUACAUUUGAAUCUAUUGACAAUGGCAAAUCAGUAAUAAUGUUUAUAGAAUGCUUUAAGUCAUUAGAAUAUCAUUCAUGAACAUGUUUCUUUCAACAACUUCAUACUUUAAAUUUGUUAGGCAUCUUGUUUGUUUCCUUUUUGUGCAUUUAACACCGACUUUACACCUGUUUGAUCUCUUCUCGGAAGUCGAUCCUUUUUUCUAAAAGUUCGUCUAGUUUUAAUUAAAAUAUAUUUUUUACAAUGAUAAAUCUAAGAACUGAAUGAAUGAAAAUUAAGUGUUGCCGAAACCAUAACCGUAUAUGUUUCCUACCAUUUUCAUUUUACCUUUGCCUACCAUAAUAUUUGUGUUUUGCCAAUGUUUUUUAUUUAUUUAUGUAUAUAUUUAUAUUUUGUUUUAUUUAUUUAUUACACUAGCUAUCUUUUCGAAACUCAUAUUAGAUGUAAAUCUGUGCGGCCCGUUAAAGUGCAAAGGUAUAGCACGUGAUCUUUAGCUUGGCGAACAAGGAAGUAUUUAUCGACUGCAGUAGUAAAUGCAUGCUUAAGUAAACAUAUACACUUUUAAAAGAAUAUGUUAAACAAUAUUUGUACAAUAAUCCUUUCAGUGUAGACAUAAACCGCUAUUCGAGACCAUUUAAGUUUGGGCCGCGUAAGAUAAAGGAAACAUUUAGUACCUUAAACUCGCUUUUAAAUCAACAUUAUCGUCAACAUUCCUUCUUCAUUGAUGAGCACGAGCUAAAGCAGACUUCAACCUACACCUUAAAUCAAGUAUAAUGAAUUUGUCUCGUUAUUAUGAUUUAUAUUUUAA